CCACCGCCCAGGCAUCCUCCCCCAAAACGACGCUGUUCGCCCGGCAGUGAUCAUUAAAGCAUAGAGGAAGGGGAGGAGGUGGACAGCUCUACUUCUACGUCCUGACGUGACGAGAGUCGCUGGUUCAUUCCACCACCGGUGCGAGCAGCACAGCUUCUCAAUCUGUCUCCUCCGACGCGUAAUCUUUAUAAUUUCUUUUUCAAAAAACCAAGUGCCAACCUUCUUUUGUUCCGGCAUCCAGGGGAUAGAAGUUCAGAGCCCCAGCUGCUGCUCCGAAGACGACGGCUCCGGUGGUUCACUCUCCCACACGCCUCGCCUUUCGCUGUCCUAUUUUAUUUCAUUUCUGGGGGAAGUUAACAUCGACUUUCGUGAAGUUUUUUGUUGUCGCUUUAACCCGGAGAGGACAACACAACCACCCGGCAUCAUGACACGGAGAUCUUGUGCCAUUUACGCCACAGGCAUCGUGUGCGCUCACCUCCUGAUAGUGGGGAUCGCCCUGGUCGUGGCUCAAGUCUUCCAAACAAUGAUCCACAGCCGGUUAAAAAAGGAAAUUACUUUGACGGAGAAGAGCCAAGUGUUUGAGGCAUGGAAGAAUCCACCCCCACCUGUUUAUAUGGAGUAUUACUUCUUCAAUGUGACCAAUCCAGAGGUGUUCUUGAAAGGCGGGAAGGCAGCUGUUAAACAGAUCGGACCAUAUACUUACAGGGAAUACAGACCAAGGGAAAACGUCACAUUCCUGGAGAAUGGCACCAAGAUUUUUGCCCUGAACCCCAAAUCCUUUGUCUUUGUGCCCGAGAAGUCAGUUGGCGAUCCUACGGUUGACGUCCUCACAACUGUCAACAUCCCAUUUGUGGCGGUGAUGAACGAGCUGAAAACCUACUCCUUCGUCCUGCGAACUUUUGUCUCCAUGUACAUGAACAGCCUGGGAAUUGAGCUGUUCAUGAAACGCACUGUCCACGAGAUCCUGUGGGGAUUCAAAGACCCCUUGCUCUCAAAGAUCCACUCCAUGAAGCCUGACGUGGACGACCAUUUUGGCCUGAUGUGGAAGAAAAAUGGCACUCAUGAAGGAGAGUUUGUCUUCCACACCGGAGAGGAGAACUACUUGGAUUAUGGCAAAAUUGACACGUGGAACGGCAUGCGCAAGAUGUCGUGGUGGUCAUCCAAUCAGAGCAACAUGAUCAACGGUACAGACGGCGCUGUCUUCCACCCUCUGAUAAACAGGAACGAGCUGCUCUACAUCUUCGCUGCUGAUCUCUGCAGAUCCAUUCAUUUAGCCUAUGUGAGCGAUGUGGAGGUGAAAGGAAUCCAGGCGUACCGCUUCGCACCCCCCAGUGAUGUCCUCAUGAGCCCCAAGGAAAACCCCACCAACGAGGGCUUCUGCGUGCCAGCCGGAGACUGCCUCGGCACCGGGGUGCUAAAAGUCAGCGUUUGUCGAGAAGGCGCACCCAUCGUGGUGUCUUUCCCACACUUCUAUCAAGCCGACCCCAAGUACAUCAACGCCGUCGACGGGCUCAACCCCAACAAGGAGGAGCAUGAGACGUACCUCGACCUCCAACCGACUACAGGAGUUCCCAUUCGUGCCUGCAAGCGAGCCCAGCUCAAUAUCAUCCUGAAUAGAGUCCAAGGCUUCCCCAAAACCAAGUAUAUUAACGAGACCAUUUUCCCCAUCAUGUUCGUCAACGAGACGGCGACAAUUGAUGAUGAUUCGGCUUCCCAGAUGAGGACGCUGCUCCUGAUUGUGACGCUGGUGUCAAACUUCCCCUUGCUCAUCGUGGGCAUGGGCAUCAUCCUGCUGCUGGUGCUUGUAGUCUUGUUCUGCCGAAACCGCCAGAAGAAGAAUGAAGUAAAACGUAUUGAUUUUACUGAAGCUUUUCAUUCUUUUACUACGGCAAAAGACGACACGGCUUACACUCAGGUCAGCGACAAACCAGACGAGCCGUCGGAAGCGUCAGCCACCCAGCCAAUGAAGAACGGCUCCUACAUUGCCAUGUCUCCAGUGGAGGCCCAGAAGUGUUGAUGGAGGAUUGCCUGGUCAAGCUUGGAGCUCAGGAAGGGGGCUGAGGGAGCAGCGCAGGGGUGAUGCAUUAACCACGGGUGGGGGGUUACACACAGUGAGCUCGUUUCACAUAUUUUGGGAGGGGGUGGGGAGGAUGGGGAAAGGGGCGGGGCAGAAACCCCAGUAAAUGUUUAGUCAACAAGGACAAUGCUACUCUCGCUGAGCCCUCUUAUGACUGUCUGUCCUCCUCUACUCUACCUGCUGAGCAUGGCACUAACUGCCUGCCAUACUGCAACACAACAAACUCCCACACCUUUACUCCUCAUUUCCGUACUGGUCGGCCCGGAAACACGUCGGGAGUCUGGACGGGCUCGGCCAGAACAAGCCUUUUUCCGUAACUCUUCUGAAGGACCACAGUAGCAUAGGUUUCGCUGCUGCACAAGGAUGCAUGAUCUUCUGCUGACUAAAAUGGCUGAAAGAGUGUUUAUUACUCACCUAAACAGCAGUGGGUGUCAUAUUCUUGCUCUUUCCUCUCCAUUGGUGUUGCGUGAGGAGAAAACUUCAAACUGACAGAUUAAAAAAUCCCCUGUAAACUGGAAACUUAGGACACAACUGUGAGCUCUUGAGCUCAGAGGAUAACAUGGUUUUGCUAACAAAACUGAACUUGGCAUAUCCUUUUUGUAAAAAAAAAAAUAUUGAAGAAAAAACUGUCUGAGCCAAACUAUUUAUAGCAUUUUUGCCUUUUUUUUCCUAAGAUGAAUUGGUGCGCGCGCACACACACCGCACUUCCAAGUAUUUGUUAGUGAAAGUGUUUGUGCACCUUUAUCGAACACGUCGGCGUCCUGUUUUGAUGGACAAUGCUCAACUUGAUUUCUUGAUGCAGACGCAUGACACCUGAAAUACUCGUGAUUUUAACCCCACUUCCUCAUUUUUUUGUCAGCCUCACUUUUUUCCAAAACACUAGUUACAAAAAUACACUCAGUUUCAUUUCAGAGUCCUAAUUCGUUGAAGUGUUAGUAGCCAGAUAUGAGGAUCACCAACAGUAGCUCGAACCUUUAGGCCUCGUCACACAUUCUGAACAUAAAGGAAAAAAAAACCACCCACAGAUCUUACAAGGGAGACUUGAACCUGCUUUCUGCCUUACAACGGUUCAGUGUGUUCUUUAUGUUUCAUACAUAUAAGCUGGAAAUCUCUUUUCGCUAUUGUACAUAUGUAAAGGGGAGACGUUACAGAGAUACCACUUACCAAAUCCAGCAAGCAGUCCUCCUAUAGCUGUGCAGAGAGACGCUGACUUUGCUCUGGUGUCGACCGCUCCUGCACAUCUACACUGUUACUUAUUAGAGAAAGCACAAUUUGGAUUGCUAAAAACCAUGCCUGACACAAGGCCACCAGGUUUUUUUGGGUCCUAUUAUAAUUAUAUAUAUAUAUAUUUACAGCUUAUAUGUCAAAGACACUGUCAAGUGCCGUGACUCUUCACCACUCGCCGCUGUGCAGUCGUACAGUUUGCCAAGGAAACUGUUGGCAUUCAGGCAAACGCAGCACUUGAAUCACUGUUUGUCUUACGUUUCCUGUUGUGUCUCCAGUCUUCUGCCAUAAUACUGUCAAAAUGGAAAGUUCCCUGCACUUUGCCUGCAUAUUGUGUCCUGCGUGUUUUUUCAUGUUGUUUAUUUGUCCUUGUCAUUUCGAUGAAGGUGGUCCAUAAGUUCAGUACAUUUCAAUGGUUUGUCCCGGCUAGUAUUGGUUCUGAUGAUGUUUUCAAGGACACUGGACGUCCCUGCCUCUGUGUUAACUUGCUUCUCAGCACAUAGAGUGUCUUCUUUUGAUAUACUUUUGUAUUUGUCAUUGCUGCUAAAAAAAUGCCAUAACCUAUGGACUUGUAUUUACCAUAACUUGCUCGUUUUCAGGUCGACUCACACAGGCUUUUAUCCACGUCUUAAAUCUUUAAGGUUUUCUGUGUUGACGAGACUUUGGCACCUGAGCACAAGUACAAAGCCCAAAGCUUGCUGCCAUUUAUUGGACUAAGCAGUUAUCACUAACCACAUUUUUGUAAAGCUAUUACGGUUAACCAGUCAUACCACUAUUAGUAGACCAUAUCACAUGUAUCAUUGGGGUUUGUGAAGGGGUUAGUUAACUUGACAGAAAGGACGAGCCGCUUCAGCAUCAUCUGGAUUGGUGUCAGAAGUUGUUUGAUAACACUGUGGUGGAGAAUCCUUUAAAGCAGAAGUUCAACACUGUGGGGAAAUGUGCUCGUUGAGUUUCUCAUGGAGAGAAGGAUGACAAGAUUGAUGCCGCUCUGAUGCUGCUUAAUAUGAAACUGGAGAUGUUCACUUAGCUUAGCACAAAAACUAAACAGCCUGGCUCUGUCCAAAGGAAACAAAAUCUAUAAAAUAUUCAUUGUUUCAGUCAUUUUCAAGCAGAAAUUUGACUUCAGGUUCUCAAAUGUGAGACUGUGCUGCUUUCCUCAGUCUUGAAUUAUAGUAAAUUUCAUACUUUUAUAUACUAGACUGAGUUGGAUAAAACUAAACUUUUGAUGAUGACUGUUGAAGGAUGUUGUCAUGGGCAUUUAACAGUUUUGUUUUUAUGACCUUGUGAAAACUACGCUUCGCCAUUUUAUGGGAAGUUUUGUUCCAGAGUACUUUCUCAACUCCUGAAAGAUACAGCAUCAACAAAUAACUUGUCCCAUACCUAAAAAAAAAAAAAAAGAUCUUUAUGCUAAAAUAAUCUUUGCUUGCUCCAGCUUCGUAUUUAACGCACAGAUACGUGAAUUUCUCAUCCGUCUCUCCACCAGAAAGUGAAUGAGCGUGUUUGAACAGUUUCUUUGAAGUGAAAUCGAUUCACUAAAGCCUUUUUUUAUUUCACCUACAUGAAAGAAACCUCCAUCUUGUUCAAACACAUAGUUCCUCAUUGUUCACCUUUUUAAAAUCUCUACUUGAACCUGAAAGACCUUAAUCCUGAGAGGAUGUGUGUGUUGCUUGUGCAGUGUCUGUUCAAACACACACACACAUACACACACCUGACCCAUCACUGCUCCACUCGUCUGACUUCUACUACAUUGACCUUUGAGUCCAAUCCUUCAAACCCAUUGGCUCGUCCCUGCUUGACCAAAGAUAACCCACAUUGAUCUGCCCCAGCGCAGUGUGUACUCUCCUCUGCGAUAACGGCUGUGCCACAAAACUACCGCCUACCUUUUUUUUUUUUUGAUUUGUGCCACCACUUAUGUGAAGUAUUUACAACAGUGUUAUGUGUGCGUGAAAGCAUGAAUGUGCCUUUUUAGAUCAAGGCAAAACAAUAAAUAAAUCACAGAGGGUAGUAUGACGUGUAUUGCUUUUCUUCACCUAGUGCAAAAGGAAUUAAUCAAUGCUCUUUGUGAGCAGAGAAAAUCUCAGUAUAGAGCAAUACAGAGCUGUGUAAAAUACAUUGUGGAUGUUUUGUAAGGGCCACAUAAUAUUUAUGUAUCUUUUUUUCCUGUGAUUUCUGUUAGUUUCACUUGUGUAGGAGUAUUUUCCCUUUUCUUUAGUUUGAAUUCAGUUGUUUUAUUUUGUAAUAUUUUGCUUGAGUUCAAGCACAUUUCAUUUCUGUUCAUCAUUUCAUUUUUUUCACACUGAAAAAUCCCAGAAAGUGUAAAUGUUGGACCAGUUUGUUGCACUGGGACGAGUCAGAGCCCUGUAAAAAUGUCUGUAAGAGUGUCCAUGAAUGGUUUCAUUUGGGUGUUUGUGUUUGAGUAAGAGAACUAGUGAGUAAUGCACCAUUUCUGUUAAACUGGAGUGAUUUUUCUGGAAGGCUGAUUAUCUUGAUGACUGAAUAAGUAAAGCAUUGAUGCUGUGUAAUCUGUCUAGAUGAAUGACGCCCUCCUUCAGGGAUGAGCACUUGUGCCAUACCAUCCUUUAUUGAUUUAUUUUCCUUAAUUUGCUCCUCGGUGUAACAAACCCAUCCCCCAAUCUCGAUGUUCGAAAGUCACUAACAGACAUUUCCUCUUAAGAUAUACUAAUUUUGUUUUGCUGCUGAAAAUGACAAUCCCCUUGUCAUGUUGGGUGCAAAAUGAUUUCAAAGUAAUAUCCAUUUUUAGUUUUGAUAAGUUACACUGCACAGAUGUUUCUACAGUCCUUUUGUAAACAUUUCUAGUGUAUUUGCAAAAAAUAAAAGUUGCACUGAAGUGCAAAGUUCA